AUGGAUCUAGCUCCAUCAACCCCGGACCUCCCAACAGGUCCAACCUUCAUCGAUCAACUCAUCCACGAACUCUCCAGCAUUCAACCCGAUCCACUCGCCUCGCCACAGACACAAACACAAGUCCACCAGCACCAGCUCAGAUCCUCAACGUCUUUAUCACAAACACGAGCACAAAAUGCUCUCUCUCGCCUGUCUCCCACCCAUGCGGCAAAAGUCAAACCUUUAUUGCUAACCCUGCACUGUGUGUUUCCGAAUGAUGUCCUUCCUGCGCUGGACAUUUUGGAUCGCGGGCUUGUGCAGCGGGUUGGUGUGGAUCGGACCUCUGGAGGAGAGGAGGUUGAGCGUGUUGUUCAUCCCCCGAAUGAUGAACAAUCUGGAUCUGUGCGAGUUCCGCAGCAGCAGCAGCAGCAGCAGCAGCAGUCACUUGACGAGCCGCAACUCGAGGUUUCGGAUACAGCGACAUGUUCCAUUCCAGAUCCUCGGACUUUGCAUACGCCACAGGGCGUCGGAGAACAAGAUCACCCCCAGCCUGAUGUUCAUGUUCAUGCCCCUGCUCCACAUCGAGGACGUGAAAGACGAGGAUCCGUCUUCCUGGUGACAUCUACAUCUUCAGCAGCAGCAGCACCAGCACCACAACAACCCUCGACCCUAUUCCCAACAUCAACCCCCUCCCCCAAAACACCACUUCGAAAUCCAACCCCAACACCAUCCAUCCACUCACACCCACCACCCUCGCAAGUCUACGAAGUCCGUCUACAAGCCUGGAACUGCACAUGCGCGACCUUCAUUCUAUCUGCAUUCCGCAAUCUACCCUCCCGUCAAUCAAUUGCAGACCCAAAUACAAAGACAACUUCACCCAGACCUGCUCGAGUCCACAGCCACGGCCAGGACGACGUGGAGAAGGAGCUACGAUUCGCAUCUGCAACAGGGUAUCCUUUUGGCGGAACGCUCACGUCACUUGUGGAUCGGGAGACGCCGCCUGUGUGUAAGCAUCUCCUUGCAUGUCUACUGUUUGUGCGAUGUCCGGGGUUGUUUCGGGAUGGGGGGUUUAUGGAUUUGAGGGUCUCGAGGGAGGAAUUGGCGGGGUGGUGUGCUGGUUGGGGCGGAUGA